AUGAUGAUGAUGAUGAUGAUGAUGAUGAUGAUGAUGAUGAUGAUGAUGAUGAUGAUGAUGAUGAUGAUGAUGAUGAUGAUGAUGAUGAUGAUGAUGAUGAUGAUGAUGAUGAUGAUGAUGAUGAUGAUGAUGAUGAUGAUGAUGAUGAUGAUGAUGAUGAUGAUGAUGAUGAUGAUGAUGAUGAUGAUGAUGAUGAUGAUGAUGAUGAUGAUGAUGAUGAUGAUGAUGAUGAUGAUGAUGAUGAUGAUGAUGAUGAUGAUGAUGAUGAUGAUGAUGAUGAUGAUGAUGAUGAUGAUGAUGAUGAUGAUGAUGAUGAUGAUGAUGAUGAUGAUGAUGAUGAUGAUGAUGAUGAUGAUGAUGAUGAUGAUGAUGAUGAUGAUGAUGAUGAUGAUGAUGAUGAUGAUGAUGAUGAUGAUGAUGACAGAUCUAUCCACAUCGAUUCACAUAUCAUUUAAUAAUGUUUAA